AUGACACUCUACAUACGCUGGUUUGCUUUGGCGACCCUCGUGGCCGGGUCGCUCUCUGCGUCGGUGCCGGACCACGGGACCGGCGCGACCGACCGCAACCUCAUGUUUUCACCUUUGCCCGGCUUUUUGCCCCAAAAGCCGUUUGACGAGAUCAUGCUAACCGACGCCGGCUACACAGACCUCCAUGCGAAGGACAUCCACACGUCCACGUCCGCUACCGAGUGUGCCGGCAAGGCCGCGACCACCCAAGCCACCACCUACGCCAUCAGCGCCAUCCAGGGCGACUUCGCCACCGAGACGGGCGACUCGGAGUACUGCUCGCUAAAGGGCGGGAUGGCGUACCCCUCGGCCAAGGCUGGGGAGUAUGUGUCGAUCUCCGGCGUCGUCACCGCUGUCGGUACUCAGAAGGACGCGUACGCCUCCGCGUACUACUACAUGCAGAUGACCGACGGCACGACGGCGUUCGCGGGCAUCGAGGUCUUCGCCGAGGACCACAAGCACAUGAGGGGCGACGAGCUGACGGUCAAGGGCGUGGUGCGCGAGGUGUAUGGCGUCACCGAGCUCGUCGAAUGCUUCGCCACCAAGACCGGCUCGGCCGCAACGCUCCCCGCGCCAAUCGAGCUCUCGACAGACGACUUCCAGGGCUGCACUGAGCACGCUGAGCAGUACGAGGGCAUGCUCGUGUCGCUCGGCGCGGUGGAGGUGCAGCCGUGCCAGAACCCGCUCACGGAGGCGCUGAUCGCGGCCGGAGGGAAAGGCGGCUUCUACUGCCAAGCCAACCUCGAGAAUGUGGCGUGGGGCCAGGUUUUUGACAAGUACAAGCAGAUGUGGGUCCUCUCGACCGGCGCGCCGGGCCUACCGAUGGAGGUCGACAACCACGCGGUCGAGCUCGCCGUCGAGUACGUGUGCGCGACCGGGCCGACGACGUACGCGACGUGGACCAACCUCAUCGGCGUCGUCACGUACGCGUACGGCACGUGGGACCUCAUCCCGCGCGACAAGUUCGACGUGGCCGGUGGCGAGAGCAAGACGCCCGCGUCGGUCGGCGCCGCGGCUUUACACGCGUCUGACUGA